AUGGCCGAACUGCCCGAUCUCGGCCGCCAUUGUGCCCUACAAAUUUGCGGAAGACUCGACUACACGCCCCACCUCUGCAAGCAGUGCGAGCAGUUUUUCUGUGGCGACCACCGCCUCUCGCACGGCUGCGCGACCACAUCGAAUAUCUGGGAUGGAACAUCAAAGUUAACUAAGAAGCUAAACAUACCCGACACAGCCCAGUCCGUCGUUUGCGAAGUGGAAAAGCCGAAAAAGAUCCUGACCGACGCGGAGCGGCAGCGAAUGGAGAAGAUCGAGACGAUGAAAUGUAAAUCGAGCACAAAAGGCCACGACAUACAGCAAGCCGAUAUUCGUUUCCUACACGUUGAAGCCACCGGAAACGCACAGGGAAAGUUCGUGCUAGUCGAUAAGAAGUGGACGGUCAGUCGCUGCGUCGACACGACUAUCCGUCACUUCGCGCUCGUCAACACCGGCAGCGACGCUUGGGCAAAGAAAUAUCAACUCUACAAAGACGGCCAGAGGGAACCGUUGAGCCCGUCGGAAGAAAUUGGCAAGCUCAUCGACUUCAACAAGAAUAACGUCAGCUACGUACAGCUCAAACUGGAUCAA